AUGAUGCGCCUGUCACGUAUCCGAGGGAGACGACAUCCCCCCAUAUUCCAGCUUCUGAGAGCCGAGAGCACGCUGGCCCCGGAGUUUGACGGGCCAACAACCUCUCCAUUCACUCGCCGGUCCCGGUUCUGGACACCUGUGGUGGGGAUGGCUUGCCCUAAAGAUGAGGAUUUUCAUAGUCUGUUAAUUCGCGCCGGCUACCUUCGUCAGUCCCAAUCGGGGAUAUUCCAUAUGCUGCCUCUAGGCCUGAGGGUAGAGAAAAAGCUAGAACGGUUGAUAGACAAACAUAUGGCGAUGAUCGGUGCGAGCAAGAUUUCCCUAUCGUCGAUCUCAUCCCAAGCACUAUGGGAAACAACGGGUCGACUCGAAGGCUAUGGUCCGGAGUUAUUUCGGUUUACCGACAGGAAAAAUUACCCCUACUUACUUGCACCCACCCACGAGGAAGAGAUUACUGCGCUUGUAGCGAAGACCGUUCAAUCCUAUAAGGAUCUCCCCUUGAAGCUCUACCAGAUCGGUCGCAAGUACCGCGACGAGAUCCGCCCGCGCUACGGGCUGCUGCGGUCUAGGGAGUUCGUCAUGAAGGAUCUUUACACCUUUGACUAUUCCGUCAAAACCGCCCUCAGGACGUAUGCAGAGGUGGGAGCCGCGUAUUCUCGACUCUUCCGAGAGUUAAAGCUGCCCGUCUUAGUUGCCGAGGCGAGUUCCGGUGAUAUCGGGGGGGAUCUGAGCCACGAGUAUCACCUCCCCACUGCGAUCGGGGACGAUGCCGUAGUGAGUUGUAGCAGCUGCGACUAUGUUGCCAACGAGGAGCUCGCUACUACGCGCCCACUGCCCCCCCUGUCCGCUUCUUCUGUGAACCCAUCGCUAGACCUCUCAUCCGCCUAUGUUUGGCGCGGCAUCUCCAAGGACAGGUCGAUCUUGGUGAAUGUCUGGUGUCCCGCGUCGUUCUCAUGUGAUGACGUUAAUAUGUACGCCAUCAAGUCAGUUCUUCCCGAACUCGACUCUAGCCUCAACGACUCGGUGUCAUUCUGGCAUUCUGACGGCUACAAAACCAAGACCUCCGGCUCGAGAAUGCCAGUAAAACUGGUCAACCUUGUGGACCACAGAUUCGGCUCCCGUUUCGCCGAUAUCGUCAUGGACGGUUCGAAUCGAAAAUCGCUACUACCGGAAAGCAGCGAUCUCGACACCGACUCCCUCACUGUCGAGUGCAUAACCUCGACGGCCCAAGGCAGGCCUCUCAAUCUUAUCCGCAUCCGCGACGACGACUACUGCCCGCGCUGCGAUUUCGGGAAGCUUAGGAUCCAGAAGGCAAUCGAGCUCGGGCACACGUUCCACCUGGGGACGCGGUACUCGGCGCAGCUCGAGGCACUGACACGGCUGCCGAGUGACCUUGUCAAGGAGAAGGGCAGCCACCGCGGUUCGACGAUGAUGCCGCUGGAGAUGGGAUGCUACGGGAUCGGGCUGUCGCGCAUCGUCGGGGCGGCGGCGGACUACCUGGCAGAUGAGAGGGGGCUCAAUUGGCCGCGGGCGAUCGCGCCGUUCGAGGCGGUCGUGAUCGCGACGCCGGAAAACGAGGGGGACGCAGCCACUGUCGCGCAGACCCUGGCCGCGGGCCUGGGCGGUCGGCACCCUCUCAUCGACGUCUUGCUCGAUGACCGCCAUGAAACGAUUCCCUGGAGACUCAACGACGCGGACAUCAUCGGCUACCCCGUCGUCGUCGUUCUCGGCAGGAACUGGGUCAAGGGGCGCGUCUGCGAGGUCCAGUGCCGCAGGCUCGACCGCAAGGAGGACGUCCCGGUCACUGACGUGCCCGCCCACGUCACUAGGCUCCUCGCUCACCUAUAA